AUGCCACCGACCGAUCCUUUGAUCCUCAAUUCCGCAAGCGAAACGAAAAUUCCCACUCCAAUCGAGACGAUAGAAUCACCGAAACGACGCAGAGGUCGGCCCAGGCUUUCCGAGGACAGCGGACGAGAUGCAGGUGUAUCGACGACGGUGGCAGGGUCACGGGAGAAAGGCACUACCCGACGAAUCUCGGACACGUCGAAGAGCGGUGCCAACGACGCUGUGGACAGCCGGGGCGGCGCGGAAGCUAAGAAGAACAAGAUCCGCGCGCGAAAUCGGGAGGCGGCUUACAAGUGCCGGAAGAAGAAGCAGAAGGGGGUCGAGGAGCUGCAAACUCAGGAAGCGAUGGCCGAGAACAUCAACAAAAACCUAAACGAUGAAGCGGCGUUGCUCCGCGGUGAGAUCCUCAUGUUGAAAACCAUGGUCUUACAACACGGUGGUUGUGGGUGCUCGUCUAUUGAAGACUAUAUUUUCGGCGCGGCUCAAAACUUGGUACAAUCGAGUAUGGCGGGGGCAGCUCCGGCUCUUACUGGAGGUAUGCUGAUGAAUAGUCAGCCAUGCCCGAAUGGAGCUAAUGGGGAAACACACCUCGACUGGGAGAUGUUUGAUGUGGACCCCGCACACAAUCUACCCUCGAUGGGUUCAGAGUCAGAGAAAAGCUAUUCUGGUCUUGAUGACAUCGCCGCUCAAAGCUCGAUGGUAUAG